AUGAAGAAACGCCUGCAAGCUACUUAUAGGCAUGCAGUGCGCCCUAUACCCCAGAGUAUUCUGCCCAACAGACCACGUUACAAGGCGACGCUGUAUAAAUUGGAAAUCACCGUAAACAUGCCCUCAAAUAGCAGUGGGGAGGCUGGCAACGGAAAGCCCAACAAGUCUCCGUCUCUUGCACAGUGCCGAUCUCAGACCCAUCCUGCAUGA